AUGGGCCACAACGCCUCCAAGGCCCACCACCAGCAGGAGGAGGCGCCCCCAAGCUCCCUCACGCGCGCUGGCAGCGGCGGCCUGGUUCCGCGCUCUGAGACCGCGCGGCGCUCCUGCGAGCUCAAACGCGUCAAAAAGCUCAUCAAAACCGACCUCCUGGCUCCCUGCUGGCAGCCCAUCGCCGACGGCCAGGGCUGCGAGUGCCCCGUGUGCAUGGAGGGCUACGGCAAGCUGAACCACACCGCCUGCUGCCACCAAGACAUAUGCACCGAGUGCUUCAUCAACAUCGUCGCAGACAGCGCCGGCGCGCGGUGCCCUUACUGCCAGGCGGACGCGCUCCAGGUCUACCUGCCCAGCGGCGACAGCAAGCAGGCGGGCAGCCGCGCGCGCAGCGGGCGGCGCGCCGAGCCCUCCACCCGAGCCUCCUCGGUCUGCCCGCAGCAGCAGCAGAGGCAGGCGGCGGCGGCGGCGGCCCCGCUGCGGCUGGCCGCCGGCAGCAGCUUCUUCGGCGGCAGCGCCAAGGGCGCCGCGCCGUUGGACCCCUCUCAGGCCCCGUGCAUGGUGCUGCUGCUGCCAGCCAGCCUCAGCACGCUGGCAGAGGCGGCGGCAGGCGCCAGCCGGCAGCUGGGCUGCCCGCUGGUAGGCAUGGUGCUCACACAGGAGCGCCCCCGGUACGGCAGCAGCAGCGGCGGCGGCGGCGGCGAGGCGCCCGUGGCUCCGCUUCCGGGUCCCGCCGGCCUGGCCAGCCCCGCCGGCGGCCCCGCCCUGCUCCUCAAUCCAGACGGCACAGGCCAGCUGGUGCUGCUGAGCAGCGGCGAGGGCGCGGCGCCGGCGGCGGCGCCGCAGGCCGAGCAGCCGCCUCUGCCUUCCUACCAGGCACCUGCCAACCCAGAGGACGAUCGCAUGCGCGCCGCCAUCGCCCGGGGGGACUCCGCCCUCAGGCGCCAGCAGCCCGCGCCGCGGCCCCGCGCAGCCGCCGGCGGCGCCGGCGGCAGCGGCGACUGGCUGGCACGCAUGCAGGCCGCCGACGCCGCGGUGCGGCAGGCGGUGGCCCGCAACGAUGCACAGCGCUUUGGCGGCGACACCCCCUGA